AUUAGCAGAGGUAAGAACCUCAGGGGCAUCAUUAGUGACAAUAGCAUAUGGAGCUAAGGGAGCAAAAGUAAGAUAAACCAGGGAUAACGGGAGUAAACCCAGCAGCAAUUACAGCUCCAAACUCCAACCCAUAUGUUGCCCAAGCAAUUCUCAAAGUUCUGGAUAUAUCAACAGCCCAAACCCAACACAAAAACCCUUAAAAUUCAGCAGCAUUCCGUGAGAAAAAGGCCACCUGUGAAGAGGUUGUCACUGUCCAAAUCACAGGAAAUAGCCUUAAUUUCAGCAGCACGUAAAUUUCAGUCCAUUGCAGGUCAAAACAGCGGCUCCAGCAAACCUUUUCAGUUCCAAUUUCCUGCCCAGGCACACAGCAAAGUAGUUGGGCAGGUUGGAGGUCAAAACAUCAGCUUUCCUAGGGGUAAUCCAGACAGUAGUUUUCCAAGAGUACAAACAUCAGGUCCAAACCAUUAUCACCCAUGGGCAUUGGACUGCUAGUGCAUUCAUAUGAAAUAUCAGACCAAAAUACCAAUUUAAUUUAACUGGCCACCACAUUGAACGAUCACAGGUCACGCACCAUAGCAAGCCAUCAAGAAAAAGCAACAGAAAUU